UCUCACUCCUUUUCUCCUUAAUUUUGAAUGCCCUUUUUCGGCGUAGACUGAACUCACUCAAGAGGGGGAAACAACAAAACACCUAAUAAAUAUACACACAAAACUCUCUCUCUUCUCUUCCUCUCUCCCCCUCACUGGCAGUAGCCGCAGCCCUCAACCAUAUGGCGUUUCAGCUGCUCCUGCUAAUACACUCCUGAAAUCUCACCUCCCCUCCCCUCCCCUCCACUUCGUAACCAUCGUCAAUGUCUACGGCUAGUACUACACUCCUCGCCGUGGCGCUUUGCGCCUUCCUAACGGCUACCUUAACAUGCGCCGGCCUCGACUCCGAGAUCGAAGCGUUACUCUCCUUCAAGCAGAAUCUCCAUGACCCACGUGGCGCAUUGGGCGGCUGGGAUGCCUCCACGACGGCCGCCCCCUGCGAUUGGCGUGGCAUUCGAUGCUCUGCCGGCAGCGUCGUCGAGCUUCGCCUGCCGCGCCUCCAGCUCAGCGGCCGCCUCACUGACCACCUGGCUAACCUCGCUCAGCUGCAGAGGCUAAGCCUCCACUCCAACAAUCUCAACGGCUCCAUCCCGCGCACCCUCUCCCAGUGCUCUCUCCUACGCGCCGUCUACUUGCAGGACAACUCGCUCUCCGGCGACAUCCCCCCCGCAUUUUUCUCCAACCUCACGGAUCUCGGGGUUUUGAACCUCUCCCACAAUCUCAUCUCCGGCGAAAUCUCCGGCGACAUUCCGCCGGCCAUGCGUGUACUCGACCUCUCCUCCAACUCUUUCUCCGGUCGAAUUCCGGCGAACUUCUCCGCCGCUCACCAGCUCCAGCUCAUCAAUUUGUCAUACAACCGUUUCUCCGGCCAGAUACCGGCGGCCAUCGGAGCCCUGCAGAAGCUGCAGUAUUUGUGGAUCGACGCCAACAACGUCUACGGAACAAUUCCAUCGGCGCUAUCGAACUGCUCGUCUCUCAUCCAUAUCAGUGCCGGCGAUAAUAUGCUGUCCGGGGUGGUUCCGGCGACGAUAGGUUCGCUUCAGAAGCUUCAGGUUAUCUCGUUGCCCCAUAAUCACCUAACUGGUGUCGUUUCACAAUCAUUGCUUUGUAACAUUUCAGUAUUGAAUGCUACAAUUCGGAUUCUUAACUUGAGUUUUAAUUCGCUCACGGGUAUUGGAAACAAUGAUGGCAAAAUUUGUCACAGUGCUCUCCAAGUUUUAGAUCUUCACGAGAAUCAGAUUUCUGGCACGUUUCCUGACCUUCUAAUGAAUUUCUCUACAUUAAGGUCCCUGGAUGUUUCUGGAAAUUUGAUCUCCGGAUUAUUGCCGGAAAAUGUUGGGAAUCUGGUGAAUUUGGAGGAGUUUCGAGUUGGGAACAACUCAUUAACUGGCGGAAUUCCCGAAAGUGUCACCAAAUGUGGGGUUCUUAGAGUACUCGAUCUUGGAAAAAAUCGGUUUUUGGGUUCAAUACCGGAUUUUUUGGGGGAAAUGAGGAACUUGACGACGUUGAUUAUUGGUGGGAAUGCGAUUACUGGUACAGUUCCCUCGAGCAUAGGGAAUCUUGAAUCUUUACAAGUUUUGGACUUGAGUGAUAAUGAGUUGAAUGGGACUGUACCUGUAGCGUUGACGAGUCUUGCCAAUUUGAGCACUCUAGAUUUGAGCUCUAACAGAUUUUCCAAUCAGGUGUUGAUGAAUAUUGGGGAAAUGAAAGGAUUGGAAGUUCUGAAUAUGAGUGUUUGUGGGCUUUCAGGAGUGAUUCCUUCUAGCAUUGGGAAUCUUUUGAGGCUCACAACUCUCGAUUUGAGCAAGCAAAACUUGUCGGGGGAGUUGCCGUUUGAGCUUUUUGGGUUACCAAGGCUGCAAGUUGUGGCUUUGGAAGAGAAUUCAUUCUCUGGAGAUGUGCCUGAAGGUUUUAGUAGCUUGUCUAGUUUGCAGAGUCUUAAUCUAUCAGGAAAUGCUUUCUCUGGUGAGAUUCCAGCCAGUUAUGGAUUUCUUAGAUUAUUGACUGCUCUUUCACUGUCUGGUAAUCGAUUGAGUGGUGCCAUUCCGGUGGAGUUGAGCAACUGCACUAGCCUUGAAGUCUUAGAACUGAGAGAGACUGGGGUAACUGGCCAAAUUCCCUCUGAUUUUUCAAGUUUGUCGCAUUUACAGAGGCUCGACUUGGGUCAGAAUAGUUUAAGUGGCCCAAUCCCAGGAAGCAUUUCCAACUGCUCCUCUUUGGAAGUUUUGUUGUUGGACUCAAAUCAUAUCUCAGGUGGCCUUCCAGAGACAUUAUCCAAGUUACCAAAAUUAAAAGAAUUAGACGUCUCCUCAAAUAAUCUGACUGGUGUUGUUCCGGAAAGUCUUUCCAUCAUAUCUGCUUUACAGCGCUUGAAUUUGUCCGCCAAUGGUUUUGAGGGUGAGAUUCCACCUGCUUUGGCUGCUCGGUUCAGUGAUCCUUCGGUGUAUGCUAUGAACAAGGAUUUAUGUGGGGAGCCACUGGGAAGGAACUGCAAAAGGGUGAACGAACGCAAGAGGAAGAAGUUGAUUCUUUUCAUUGUUGUGAUUGCAGUUGGUAGCUUAAUGCUGCUACUAUGUUGCUGUGGCUAUGUAUACAGUCUUCUUAGGUGGCGAAAGAAGCUGAGAGCAGGGGUAGAAGGAGUGAAGAAACGAAGCCCCAGCCCCGGUUCACAAGGGGCUCGUGGAAGUGAAGAUUAUGGGCAGCCAAAGCUUAUUAUGUUCAACAACAAGAUCACAUAUGCAGAAACUGUAGAAGCAACCAGACAGUAUGAUGAGGAGAAUGUAUUAAGCAGGGGCAAAUAUGGGCUACUCUUUAAAGCCACUUAUGCUGAUGGAAUGGUGCUUGCUAUCCGGCGCCUCCCCGACACAUCAAUUGAAGAGAGCACAUUCCGUAAGGAGGCUGAGUCUCUGGGCAAAGUUAAGCAUCGGAAUCUGACUGUUCUCCGUGGCUAUUAUGCUGGGCCGCCUCCUGAUAUGCGGUUUCUUGUUUACGAUUACAUGCCUAAUGGAAAUCUAGCCACUCUGCUUCAAGAGGCAUCACACCAAGAAGGGCAUGUGCUGAACUGGCCAAUGCGACACCUGAUUGCACUAGGCAUAGCUCGUGGUCUAGCAUUCUUGCAUUCAGUCUCAAUUAUACAUGGUGAUGUGAAACCACAGAAUGUGCUCUUUGAUGCUGAUUUUGAAGCCCAUCUCUCAGAUUUCGGCUUGGAUAAAGUGACGAUUGCUACGCCGGCUGAAGCUUCUACAUCUGCCGUUCCCAUUGGCACUCUGGGCUAUGUAGCACCAGAAGCAACAUUGACAGGGAAACCAACUAAAGAAGCAGAUGUGUACAGCUUCGGGAUCGUGGUGCUGGAGAUUCUAACUGGUAAGAAGCCUGUGAUGUUCACACAGGAUGAGGACAUCGUGAAAUGGGUGAAGAGGCAACUGCAAAGAGGCCAAAUUUCUGAACUGCUUGAGCCCGGUUUGGUUGAGCUCGACCCGGAGUCAUCAGAGUGGGAAGAGUUCCUGCUGGGCGUCAAAGUUGGAUUGCUCUGCACAAUGCCUGACCCUCUCGAAAGACCUUCUAUGAACGACGUCGUUUUCAUGCUUGAAGGCUGUCGGUUAGGCCCCGAGAUUCCCUCCUCCGCUGACCCGACCACUCUGCCUUCGCCGAGCUGAAAAACCUAUAACUCAUUUUAUGUAUUCUUUCAUGCUUGAGAGAGUUAGGAUUGCUUGCAAGAUUUCUGUGGACAAUGUAUGGUUGAUUUGUUUUUCCACCAAAUUCAUCAUCCCUUUUUUUUUUUUUUCCUACAUUUUUUCAUGCAAUGGCGAUAGUGUUUCUAACACUACUAUGUAUUCUUGCACUAGAUUAUGAAGCUUAUUCCUGUUGUUAUUUGUAGUCAAGAUUUCUCAACUGGAGGGAAAUGUACCAUUUUCACAUUUUGCUUA